AUGACGAUUAAGCUGGUUGUGGGAGGGUUUAUUUUGCACAUUAUUAGUGCUUACGCGCCACAAGCGGGCUUGGGCGAGGAGGAGAAAAGACGUUUUUGGGAGGAUUUGGACGAGAUGAUGGGAAGUAUACCGUCCACUGAGAAGCUAUUCAUCGGAGGAGAUUUCAAUGGGCACAUUGGGUCAAUUUCAGAGGGAUAUGACGAUGUGCAUGGAGGUUGGGGUUUCGGGGACAGGAACGGAGGAGGAGUUGCACUGUUGGAUUUUGCAAAAGCCUUUGAGCUGAUGUGUGUGAUAAAACUGCUGGAGAUUUUGUCUAAUUAUAAAAGAGCCCCUAAGCCUUGUGCAAAUAUUGAAGGCAAUGGUUCUGCUGAGAACUUGAAGCCCCAGCCCCAGAAGUGGAAGAGAUUCCUCACUCUUAUGCUCGAGUUUCGUGACACCAUCUUUUCAGGGAGUCUCUCCUAA